AUGUCGUUCUCAAACGGAUACUUGGUUGUCUUUUUCGUUGCCCUAGGAUCCUUUACUUAUGGCUUCAAUAACUCUGUCAUCGGCUCAGUUCUCGGACUUGAAUCAUUUCUCAUAUAUUUCGACAUCGCUGGCAAGGAUAGCAAAUCCAACUCCAUCACCGGUGCUACAUCGGGUCUUUUCGCUGGAGGGGGUGCCAUUGGGGCAUUGUUAUCGGCCUGGCUAGUCAAUAAAGUUGGACGCGUUCGGUCUAUUCAGAUUACAUGCGAGCUAUUCAGGGGGGGCUCUGUUCACAUCGCGAUGUUCCUGAUUGACCGCCUGCUCUCCGGAGUGGGUGUUGGCUUCAUGGUGUCGCUUGUUCCAAUCUACCAGAGCGAGAUAUCCCCUGCUGAAGCUAGAGGCCGCAUGGUCGGCAGCCAUGGAUUUUUAAUCGUCACCGGAUAUGCGUUCGCCGCAUGGACAGGUUACGGUUGCUACUUUUCCCCUUCCCCCGCAUUCCAAUGGAGGUUUGAGCUGUCUGCGCAAGUCAUUGCACCCGCCAUACUUCUCAUGGGUACACCGUGGCUUCCAGAGUCACCUCGCUGGUUGGUAGAGCAGGACCGUCAAAGCGAAGCUCUGCAAAUCCUACAACAGCUACACCCUUCGGAGGACGAGUCCAAUAUCCACUCAAAAGCUCAGGUGGAAUUAAAUCAGAUCCGAACUCAGCUCUCGAUUGACCAGGAAAUGGAAGCCUCUGGUGGUAGAUGGGCAUUGAUCACAAACUCCUCCUAUCGCAAGAGACUCUUUUGUGGAUGCUUUGUUCAAUUUAUCGGUCAAUCUACUGGAGUAUUAGUUAUAAACAAUUACCAGGUAUCCCUGUACAACUCGCUGGGUCUCUAUAACUCGGUGCCACUACUACUAUACGCGGUUUAUCUCAGCUGGGCAGCAGGGAUGAAUUACGUAUCAACCUUCAUCAUCGAUCGAGUUGGUCGGGUUCCGCUCAUGGUGAUCGGACUUGUCGGCAGUGUGGUUGCAGUUUGUUGCGAAGCAGCAAUGGUCGCUGAAUUUUCGGGCACAUCGAACAAAAUUGGCAAUGGCUUUGGAGUUGCCUUUCUUUUCCUCUUCGUCACCUUCUACGGAGGUGGCCUGGAUGCAACGACCUACGUUUAUAGUGCCGAGGUUUUUCCCAACCAUAUGCGUGGCUUGGGAAUGGGAAUGUCCAUCUUCACUCAAUUCUGUUCGACACUCGUUUAUACACAGGUCGCACCAACGGCAUUCGACACCAUCGGAUGGAAAUAUUACCUCGUCUUUAUUAUCGUCCCUUUUCUGGGUGCCAUCUUGAUUUGGUUCACCUUUCCUGAGACCAAAGGUCUUUCACUUGAGGAUAUCUCCUGUCGGUUCGAAGGAAGGCCAGUGGCAAGUGAAUUGAAGCCACAUAUUGAAGAUGCUGACAAGGCUUCAGUAUGUUAUGAAGAGUCUGUAUGA